CCGCGCACACACAUACACACAAUUCUAGUUCCCCAAACAGCAUUUAGUAUAGAGCAACUAUAACAGCAUGGAACAUGUUCACGUUCCAAAAUGGCUAGUGUUUUUUGGACUAGUACUACUAGUAUUGCAGCAGCACUCCUACAACUACUCUGUCGUGGCGGCGAAAGUUCCCGCCGUCAUAGUAUUCGGAGACUCAACAGUGGAUGCGGGGAAUAACAAUCAAAUUUUGACCCUUUUGAAGAGCAAUUUUCAUCCUUAUGGCCGUGAUUUCUUAGGCGGCCGCCCAACAGGGCGGUUCUCCAACGGCCGAAUCCCACCGGACUAUGUCUCGGAGGCUUUCGGGCUGAGACCUAGCGUGCCGGCUUACUUGGAUCCAAUGUACAACAUUACAGACUUUGCAAUCGGUGUUUGCUUUGCUUCUGCUGGAACUGGCUACGACACUGCAACCUCGGACGUACUAAAUGUGAUACCACUAUGGAAAGAAAUUGAGUACUAUAAGGAGUAUCAAACCAAGUUGAAAGCGUAUGUGGGGCAUCGGAGGGCAAGAACAAUAUUGAGGCAAGCAGUCUACUUAGUGAGCUUAGGAACCAAUGAUUUUCUGGAGAACUAUUACAUCUUUCCCAGGCGGCGUUUGGAGUACACCAUCGGCGAGUACCAGGAGUUUCUUAUUGGAAUUGCUAAAAAGUUUCUCAAGCAACUUUACAGCCUUGGAGCUAGGAAAAUAUCCCUUACAGGGCUUCCUCCAAUGGGUUGUUUGCCUUUGGAGAGAGCAACGAAUAUUUUUGACAACAAUAAGUGCGACGAUAAAUUAAACAAGGUAGCUCUCGAAUUUAAUGCCAAGUUAAAGAGUAUGACGACAAAGCUCAAUCAAGAGCUUCCUGGCAUGAUACUGGUAUUCACAGAAAGUGUUUAUGAUCUUUUGUAUGGGAUGAUUAAGAAGCCCGCUUCCUAUGGAUUUGAGGUUGCGGGAGUGGCAUGUUGUUCAACGGGGACAUUUGAGAUGAGUUACCUAUGCAGUGAGAAAAGUCCAUUGACGUGCACUGACGCUAAUAAGUACGUUUUUUGGGACGCUUUCCAUCCUACUGAGAAAACUAAUCAUAUUAUCUCCACUCACUUAAUUCCUCUUCUUAAAGAGAAGUUUCUCAAUUAAUUUAUUUCUAGAAUAUUAUAAUUAAAGAUUUUAUAUUUUUUUUCUUCAUGUUGUUAUUUGUAUACAAUAUAUAUGUGUGUUUGUACGGAUCAGUAUUAAUUAAAUUAUACAUGUGUGAGCAUUUUCUUAUUUCAAUGUAGCAAUAAGAAACAUUUUUUAAUUAA